AUGGCUUUACCUCAUCCCCCUCCUCCUAACCUCCAUCCUGGACAAAAUUCACAGCAGAUUCCUUUCGGUCACAUGCAAGGUGGACAAGGUGGGCAGCCUAUGCAGGGUCAACCUACACACGCUCAGCAGAUGCAGAUGCAGAUGGCCGCUGCUGCUGCAGGUCAACAACCUGCAGGUCAACCUUUUCCUAAUGGUCCUCCUAAUCCUCAUCAAUAUAGCGUACGACCACCUCAAGCCAACAUGAAUGCAGCUGCCAUGUCUUCUCAGCAAGCUGCAGCACAACAACAACAGCAGCAGCAGCAGAUGCAACAGCAACAGCAGAGGCAACAACUCGCUCAGCAAGCUGCAGCCGUGCAAGCUCAACAGCAACAACAGCAGAAUCAACAGCCCAGGGCUGUAGUCCCCCCUUCUCCCCAUCAUCCCUCGCCUUCUCCCCAUCUCGCCCACCAAGGAUUUCCUGGAGGUGUUCAUCCUCAACAUUAUCCCCUUCCUCAACCACAACCUCCAGGUGGACCACAACAGGGUAUGCAACCUGGACAAUCACCCGUUCCAGGUCAGAUGAGGCAACCUCCUCCUCCUGCUCAUCCUCAUCCUCAGGCUGUACGUCCACCACCUCAACAACCCGGUAUGAACCCUCAACAACAGCAUCCGGGGUAUCAACAGCAUCCAGGACUACAACCUCAGCCAGGAGGUCAACCUCAACAACCACCUCAACACCUCGCUCAGCAACCCGGUCAACCUCAGCCUGGGUUGAACGGAUUAGCAGCAGGUCAGCAUAUGCAGCCGCCUCAGCAUGCUGGGAUGGAACAUCAGGAUGCGUAUGCGAUGUCGAGAGCGGGUAGCUCGGUUCAGAGUCAGAUGGGUCAACGGUCAUGGGAUAGCGAGAGCAUGCUCAAGCUGUAUAUUCAUGAUUAUCUAGUCAAACAUAAUUUUCCAGCGGCUGCUGCUCAGUUCAAUGCGGAAGCUGGAUUGGCUGAACAAGGUGUACCGAUCAAUGUUCGAGAGGGAGUAUUGCACGAGUGGUGGUGCGUGUUUUGGGAUGUUUUCAGCGGAGGGAAGGGAGCACAGGGAGCUAUGAAUCCAGCGAUAUACAACGAGUCAAUGACCCGAUUACGGAAUAUUCGGAAUCAACAGCUUGGUAUAGGACCCAGCGGUUACAUGCAACAACAACAGCAGCAGCAGCCUCAGCAACCUCAACCUGGCCCUUACCCUGCUGGACCUCAACAAGGUCAACCGAUAUCGUCCCAACAAAUUCUUAACAUGCGACAACAGGCUCAGGCGGCCGCUCAAGCCAAUGGUAUGACUCAGCAACAAGCUGCUCAGAUGGUCCAACAGCAGAUACAACAGCAGCAACAGCAACAGCAACAGCAACAGCAACAGCAGGCUCAACAAGCCGCACAGCAACAUGCGAUGAUGCAACAACAAGCUGCUCAACGAUUCGCUCAACCUGGACCAUCUGCUGCUUCUCCUGCUCAGAGACCCCCUCAAGCUGGGCAUCCGAUAUAUCAAGGUCAACAGCCUCAACCUCAGGCGCAACAGCAACAACAACAACCAGGCCAACCGCAUCAUGUGGGUGGACUACAACCACCUCCAGCACCUCCUGGACCAUCACAUUCACCUGUCGCUCCCUCCCCUCACAUGAUGCAGCAACCUCCUCCUGGUGUUAUGCCUUCCCCUCAUCAGAAAAACAUGCGUCCGCCUCCUCCGGGUAUGAAUGGUCAACAGCCUAAUCCAAUGAUGCGAGCUCUCACGCCUCAGCAGCAGCACGCGAUGGCUCAGGCUCAAGCUCAACAAGGUCAAGGUCAAACGCAAGGUCAGAUGCAACUUGGUCCAGGUGGUCAACCCCUACAAGGAUUUGCUCAUCCUCAGAAUGGUGCUAGUCCAGUCAACGGCGGUCAACCACCACCUCAUGGAGGACAGCAGCAUAUGACUGCCGCUCAACAACAACAGAUGUUACAGACUCAAGCUCACGUCCAAGCUGCUCAACAGCGCGCGCAGCAUAGUUUAGCUGAAGUUCAAGCUAUACAAGCCCAGCAGCAACAACAACAUCAACAGCACCAGCAGCAGAUCUUGGCUCAGCAGCAAGCUCAGCGAGAGCAGCAGGCUCAGAGGGAUCAAGUCUUCUUCAACCAGCAACAACAGAUCCAAGCUACCGCUGCUCAGAUGUGGGGACAUUUGGGUAUAGGUCCGAUCAAUACCCAGAUCAUGAGUCAGAGUGCUCAUCAAGUUGGAUUGGGCGGUAAGAACCCUCAAGAAAUGGAUGACAGUGAGAAGCAACGCCUGAUCAAUCGAUAUCGAAUGACGAUAGCUGAGAAUCAACGUCGAGCGAUGAUGGGUCUGAAUGGACAGGCGAUACAGCCUGGACAGAUGGGUCAACAGGGUCAACCUGGACAACCGGGUCCAGGACAACCACAGCAACAGGGACCGCCCCAGACUCCACAGCAGCAACAACAGCAACAGCAGCAACAGCAGCAACAGCAGUAUCUUGCCCAACAGCAAAUGAUGCAAGCUCAGGCUCAGGCUCAGGCUCAAGCGCAGAGUCAAGGUCAGGUCGGACAAGGUCAGCCUCAACAGAUGCAAGGGCAAGGACCUCAUGCGAGAGUAGCGAGUGGUGCCAUGCAGAGACCCAACGGUAUGCUUCCGUCCUUUGACGGAGUAGCGAUGCAGGAAACCGAUUCGAGCGCUUCCAACUCUGGACCUCGAGGUGCCUCACCACCUGAUCGAAAGAGGAUGCGACGUAAUUCCGGGUCUGCUGCACCUAGUCCAUUUCCUGGGAGUCAGAGUGCUCAGACACCUGUCAACUACAAUCAAGGUAUGACUCCUCAAGCUUCAGCUAGUACACCUCAACAACAAGGAUUUGGCGGUAUGUUAGCAGGAAAUGAGGCUCAAUUGCAAGCUAUGAGACAACAGCAGCAGGAAGCCAAAAUGGCUUACGAGAAGAAGAUGCAUCAAGACCAAGCUCAAGCUAUGCGUCAGUUGGCUAAUGGAUCAACAUUACCACCUGGAUUCCAACCUCAUACACCUAUUAUGUCUGGGAAUUCUAUCGAUGCUCCAUCGCCUGCUCAACCACACCCUAACCAGCAGGUUCAAGCGUCCCCUCGAAAUCCACCUCAAUCUCAGAAUCAACAAAUGAGCAGAGAUAGGAAUCAGAGUAAAGGUGUGGCUGGAACGAUGUUACCCCCUCAAAGUCCUGCUAUGCCCACUCAGAGGACUACUACGCCCAAACCUGGUACGGCGGGUCAAGGGCAGGUGAAGACGGCUCAGACGCCUAAAUCUGCUAAAGAGGAGUUGUUGAGAGAUGCAGUUGCUACACCGAAAUCACAAUCACUCAACCCAUCGCCCAACAACGCCAUAAUAAACGUGACAGAUACGAAUCUACCCACUGGAUCUACACAUGGAUUAACCCCUUCGCCGCCAUCUGCAACUACGACUAAUACACCUGCUACCAUUUCCCUGAACGGUUCAAGUACGAAUACGAACACGUACAGCAAUAACAACAGUAGUACUGGUGCGGGAGAUCUGAUGGAUUUCAGUUUACUUGGAAACACCACAGGUGCCGGUGUGUUGGGUGGAUUGGAGGGAGGCGAUUUCGAUGCUUUGGCUGCAUUUGGAGAAAACUUUGAUUUUGGAAUGUACCUCGCUGGAUUGGAAGAAGAUGGAGAUGGUGGGGAGGUGGGAUUGGUCUGA